CACACUGCUGCAAUAUCAUUUAUGGUCUGUAAGUGCCGCUAUUGGCCAGCUUCCUUUUGUUUGAGACAUCAUACUUGAAGGUCCACCUACACUUUAUGACAUCAUUUUAGCAGCAGUUUACACGUUCGCAUCUCACAGACGUCGUGGUAGCAAAAUUCGCAUCACCCUGGCGACAUACAUUUGGAUUGUUACUCUCUGGAUACUUGCACUUUAAUAGUGCACACUGAGGAAUUUCUCCAUUUGUGUUCUCGCCCUUUUGGUCUGUGUCGUGGUACCAUCAUGGGGAGUCUUUGUUGUGGCGAUGUCUUUCGACAUAUUGGCUCUUUAUGGACGCUAGUACUCGUUUUUGUCUGCAUUGAAAGGGGUGCGCACGGGCAGGUCCGCUAUUCUGUUCCCGAGGAGAUGACAAAGGGCUCUCUAGUGGGAAAUAUCGCGCAGGAUCUCGGAUUGGAUAUAAAACGACUGAAAUCUGGCCGAGCACGGAUCUUUACCGAGGAUAGCCGUGAGUACAUCGGUCUGAAUGCAGAUAAAGGCACGCUGGUUGUGAAAGAGAGAAUAGACAGAGAGGAGCUUUGCGCACAGGUCACUCCCUGCUCUUUGCAUUUCCAAAUUAUUCUAGACAAUCCAAUGGAGUUGCAUCGUGUUGAUGUAGAAAUACUAGAUAUUAAUGACCACGCUCCUAGUUUUUCUAGGAAAGAAAUACAAUUUCAAAUUAGCGAGUCUGCUGUUCCGGGUGCAAGAUAUUCUUUGGAUAGUGCACACGACCCCGAUGUAGGCGUGAAUACGCUGCAGACAUAUACCCUCCAUCCGUCCGAUCAUUUUACCUUAAAGACAAUAUCCCGGCAGGAUGGCUCUAAAUAUGUCGAAAUGGUUUUGCAGACACUGCUUGACAGAGAGAAACAAGAUCAGCUUAAUUUGGUAUUGACCGCAUUAGAUGGCGGAAGCCCACAGAAAUCUGGCACUGUCAAAAUAAGUGUGUCGGUUUUGGAUGCAAACGACAAUGCGCCUGUAUUUAGUGAGGCUGUUUAUCGAGUGUCUCUGGCAGAGAAUAUAACAAAGGGCUCCACUGUCCUUAGAGUGAGCGCAAGUGACAAAGACAUAGGCGCAAACAGCGAUAUUACAUAUGCCUUUGCGCAAAGCUCUGGCAAAGCAUUGGAUGUGUUCAGUAUCGAUUCAAAAACUGGCGACAUUGUUGUGAAUGGUCCUUUAGAUUUUGAAAAAACAAAACAAUAUGAAUUGAACGUUGAAGCUGUAGACAGUGGAGAUUUAACUGAUACCAGCAACGUUUUAAUUGAGGUACUUGAUGUAAAUGAUAAUGCCCCAGUUAUUAAUGUGAUAUCUUUCUCUGGUUUUAUUCCCGAAGACGCUGCCCCAGAGACUGUUAUCGCCAUGUUUAAUGUAAAAGAUAUAGAUGCGGGAAAGAAUGGGCAAGUGAAGUGCUCUAUUCACAAAGAUUUACCUUUCAGAAUAGUAUCAACAUCCAACAAUUUUUAUAGUCUGGUCACGGAUCAGAUAUUCAAUCGCGAAAUGAUGGCUGAAUACAAUAUAACCAUCACAGCUACUGACGGAGGCUCACCCCCCUUCUCCGCCAGUAAGACAAUGACACUGAAAAUAUCAGACGUCAACGACAAUGCGCCAGUUUUUCAGCAACCGUCAUACACGGCAUAUAUCAUGGAAAAUAACUCACCUGGCGUCUCCAUAUUUACGCUUACAGCCAGUGACAAGGACACGGGUAAUAAUGCUCGUGUGUCUUACUUCCUCGAAGACAUCUCUGUCACAGGAAUGUCGCCAUCAGAUUAUGUGACAAUACACGCAGAAAGUGGGCAGAUUACCGCUGUGAAGUCUUUUGAUUAUGAGCAAAUAAAAGAAUUACGCGUGUGCGUAAAGGCGCAGGACGGAGGCUCCCCUCCGCUCAGCAGUAAUGUGACUGUGAAAAUAGUUAUUCAGGACCAGAAUGACAACGCACCUCAGAUUCUCUAUCCAGUGCAGACAAGUGGCUCUCUUGUGGCUGAAAUGGUGCCUCGCACAGCAGAUGUAGGCUACCUCGUCUCCAAAGUGGUCGCUGUUGAUGUGGACUCUGGGCAGAAUGCCUGGCUCUCAUACAAGUUGCAGAAGGCAGGUGAGAGGGCUCUGUUUGACGUGGGGGCACAAAAUGGAGAAAUAAGAACUAUCAGACAGGUGACUGAUAAAGAUGCUGUGAAACAAAAGCUCACUGUCAUUGUGGAAGAUAACGGACAGCCCUCUCGCUCAGCUACAGUGAAUGUCAACGUGGCUUUAGCUGACAGCUUCCCUGACGCACUGUCAGAAUUUGGUGACUUUACGCACGACAAGGAAUACAACGACAACCUCACGUUUUAUCUGGUGUUGGCAUUAGCUGUGGUGUCAUUUCUAUUCAUCGUGUCCAUCAUAGCCAUACUGUCAGUAAAGUGCUACAGAUGGAGACGUGACCGGAUGUUGUACAAGUCCAACGGAAACCUCCCCGUUAUUCCAUACUACCCACCCCUUUACGCAGACGUAGGGGGCACAGGUACCCUACAGCACGUGUACAACUAUGAGGUGUGCAGAACAACUGAUUCUAGAAAGAGUGAUCUGAAAUAUGGCAGACCUAGCCAGAGUAUGAUGAGUCUGGAUUCCACUGGAACACUUACGCUGCCGCAUGCGCUGAAGAAUCUCGCAAAUACUGACACUACAGAGCACGAGGUGAGCUCAGUUGUGUACCAGGAUACCACGUGUGGCUGCAUAUUGUUAACUGUUUUUUUGUCAUGCUUCUAACUUUAUGUAAAUGUCUCAAAUGCAAAAGUGGUGCAUUAGUCUAUGCACGGCGUACGAGCGAGC